CUUAAACAUUGUCGGACAGAUGGCGCCACAUUCGAAUCAGCCUGUUUUCAGGUGUUGUCAAAACGGUUCAAGGCUGGUUCAAGGUUCGUAAAACGUGAAAUGCACAGUUAGCCUCAAGUUUUAAUCGCCGUGUCAUCAUUGUAGCGUUAAGUAACGAAAGAUGGGUCUUGUCGGUAUCGUGAAGUUUUUUACUCGUAGAACUUUUGAAUUACUAAUAAUCGCUUUAUUGCUUGUGUUUCUCCCGAAAAUCCCCCCCGAGGCAAAGUUCGAAAAACCGUACAAAGUUGCACCGCCCCGGCCGUUCGAGGGGGCGCUUAAACUCAAUGAGAAGCUAAACGAUGCAGAGAUUUGGCAUAAGGGGGACCUCCACGGGCCUGAGGCUUUCGUGGAUUACAACGGGGAGUUGUAUACGUCACUGCAUGGGGGCGACGUUGUUAAAUUAACAGGAAACCACAUUACCCCUGUUGUAAAGUUUGGGAAACCUUGUAAGGGGAUCUAUGAGGAACGGAUCUGUGGGCGCCCCUUAGGCAUGGCGUUUGAUAAGAAUGGAGUCUUAUUUGUGGCCGAUUCGUACUACGGGGUGUUCAAAGUUGACGUCAAAACCGGCAAAAAGGAGCGAUUGGUUGCCUUUGACGAACAGAUCGACGGCCGGAAUGUGACUCUCCCAAAUUCCGUGGCGGUUGCAAGCAAUGGUGAUAUUUUCUGGACGGAUUCAAGCACAGAGUUUGAUUUACAAGAUGGUGUUUUCGACUUGUUGGCGGACGGGAGUGGGAGAUUAAUUCAUUAUGAUUCAAAAACGAAAAAAAAUAAAGUUUUAAUCUCAGAUUUGCAUUUUGCAAACGGUGUUGUCUUAUCCGACGAUGAGGAAUUCGUUUUAGUUGGUGAAACAGUUCGUAGUCGUAUUCACCGUUACUAUCUGAAAGGGCCCAAGAAGGGCACCCAUGAUAUUUUCAUUGAGGGGCUCCCGGGCCUCGUUGACAACUUGAAGCACGACGGAAAGGGCGGUUUCAUUGUCCCUUUGGUUGUAGCCGUCGAUAACGAACACCCACUACUCACUCAAAUCAUGGGUCCUUUCCCCCUGUUACGAAAAUUCGUAGCUCGAAUUUUGGGUUUGGUCCAGUUCGGGUUCAAAUUUAUCGGCGAUAUUUAUCCGAACGAAUUUUCAAAACGCGGCGUGCAUUUCGUAGGCCAUUUCAGCAUGGCUUCGUUCAUGUACCCCCCAAGGGUCACGAUUUUACACCUCUCCAAAAACGGCGAGAUCAAAGACAGUUUGCACUGUCUCAAUAAAAAAUUGUCGGGAAUUAGCGAAGCGCAUAUCUUCAAAGACACGCUUUACCUUGGGUCGCCUUUUAACGAUUACAUCGGGCGCAUUCCAUUGUCGAAAAUAGGUUGGGAGCACUUGAAACCAACCCCUGCUCCCAAACCUACAACUACAACACCUAAACCCACCACUACUACUACGACAACACCUAAACCUACUACCACUACAACCACAACAACGCCCAAACCAACCACCACAACACCUAAACCAACGACAACGACGCCUAAACCUACAACCACAACACCCAAAGCAACCCCUCCGACAAAACCUGCUCAAAAAGAAGCUCAAGCAAAAGCGGUAAAAGACCAACCCAAGGCAGUGCCAGUUAAAGAAUCACCCAAAAAGAAUUAAUCUCUAGUAAGCUGUGAUGUUCCAGUUGUUAACCGUUUUAUAUCGUCGCGGUCGUCAGUUGUUUUUUAUAAUUUUUAUUUAAUAGACUGUAUAAAAUAAGAAAGCCAUUCCAUUAAUCAAGAAUUCUCCUUUUUUAUUCAUGUACUGAUAUUAUAUUUUGUAGAAAUCUAGUUUUUGUUAAGUUCUAAUUUGAUGGCAGGAUUAUUAUUUGGUGAUACUUUACAUAGUUUUUAUGUAUCUUAAUAAUCAUUUUGUAUUGGGUUCUCUUUGUUGGAUGUGAUGUACCUACUAUUUAAAUAAAACUGUUUACUACAA